UCCAGCAGACAUUCUAAUGGUCAGCUGCCACCUAGUGGUAUAUGUCUGGUAAUGUAAGUGCCCCCUGGUGAUUUAGUAGUGACACAUGAGAUACUGUGAAAGAGAGCAGAAAACCCCUCAGCUCUGGAGUAGAGCCAGAACAAACCAGACCCUGAAAAACAAAAGAGGGAAGAGAGAAUGGGGGAGGAGACAGGAAAGGAGGAGCACUGAGACUAAAAGAGGAGACAUUUUGUAAGCAGUGCAUUCACCCUGAGGUAUCUUACUCAGAAAGAGCAGGAUGGAGCUGCCACCUCGACCAAAACUCUUUGACUUCCAUGGAGUCUCCAUGACCAACUACUUCACUGACAACUGGGACAAUGUACAGAACUUCCAGGCCAGACCAGAUGACAUUCUCAUCGCUACCUACCCCAAAGCAGGUACCACAUGGGUCUCCUACAUUCUAGACCUGCUUUAUUUUGGCCAGACAGACCCUGAGCGUCAGACACCCAUCUUUGAGAAGGUUCCUUUUCUGGAGUUGCUCAUUCCUCUUUACCCUCCAGGGGUGGAGGUGCUGGACAACUUAACCACCUCUCCUCGCCUCAUCAAGACUCACCUCCCAGUCCAGUUUCUGCCCAAGUCCUUCUGGGAGCAGAACUGCAGGAUAGUGUAUGUGGCCCGUAAUGCCAAGGACAAUGCAGUGUCUUAUUUCCACUUUGACCGCAUGAACCAGGCCCAGCCAGAGCCAGGAGACUGGAACAACUUCUUACAGAGAUUCAUGGAUGGAAAGAUGGUGUUUGGUUCCUGGUAUGACCAUGUGACUGGCUGGUGGGAGAAGAAACAGACUCACUCCAAAAUCCUCUACCUCUUCUAUGAGGACAUGGUUGAGGAUACGGGGAGAGAGCUAGACAGGCUGUGCUCCUUCCUAGGUUUGUCUACUUCAGCAGAGGAGAAGGAGAGGGUGAGAGGAGGAGUGCAGUUUGAUACUAUGAAGAAGAACACCAUGGCCAACUACUCCAAGGACCUUGUGAUGGACUUUAAGAUAUCCCCCUUCAUGCGCAAAGGAAAGGUUGGUGACUGGAAGAACCAUUUCACUGUGGCCCAGAGUGAACAGUUUGAUGAAGACUAUAAGAAGAAGAUGAAAAACACCACCGUACAGUUCCGCACUGUAGUCUAGGGGAUGUGGUCAGGUUGAUUGUUUGAUUGUUUCUGGUCAGGUUGAUUGAUUGUUUAUUUUAGCACAUAUACACCUACGAUAGCCUCGGCUGGGUUGUCAGGCUUCCAUUGGUCCACAGUUAACUGGGUCAUGGUGCUGAAAUAUACAGGGUGAGGAUCAUAUUGUAUUAUAUCCUAGAGUGUGAAUGAGAAAGAUCAUGAAGUGUCAUAUAAUAAAACAUUUGAGAAUGAUUGAUGCUACUUUGAGAUAUGAGCUAGAGUCAAAUGAGGACAUGCUGCACAGUACCUUCUUAUGAAUGUGAGCUAUUUGUAAAUCCUCUUGCCUGGUCUGUUUUUCAGUGUCUGAGAAAAAAACAGUGAGAGUCGAUAUAGUAAUAAAUAUGUGAAUGGAGAAUAACAUUAUUAAGCAUCCAGCAUUGAUUUAUGCAUUUUCAAAAAUAUAUAUACUUUGAAACUAUGUAACAAUUCAUACUCUUAUACUGUAUACAGUAUGAAUAAACAUAAUAGAUUGAU